GCUCAGAAAUAGCACGCCCGAGUGCUGCUUGCGUCGCUAAGGCAAACGCCAGAGCGGAGAGGAGAGGAGGCUUGGCUGGUCGGCAGAAGGAAGCCACAGUCCGCCUCUUCCUCCCCGGGGCUGCAGUUGAGACAUGGCCGGGCGAGGUCGGCUUUGGGCACUGUUGCUGGCGCUCUGCGCCUUGCCGGCCAGUUUCUGUCUGCAGGAUGCCGAAGCGGACGAGCCUGAAGCGCCGGCAACGGUCGGCGGGGGGGCAAACAGGCGGCGGCGCCUGAGCCAGCUGGACGGCAUUUCCUUCGAGUACCACCGCUACCCGGAGCUGCGGGAAGCCUUGGUGUCAGUGUGGCUGCAGUGUCCGUCCAUCAGUAGGAUCUACACUGUGGGCCGGAGCUCCGAGGGCAGGGAGUUGCUGGUCAUCGAGAUCUCCGACAACCCUGGCGAGCAUGAGCCUGGAGAGCCAGAAUUUAAAUAUGUUGGCAACAUGCAUGGAAAUGAAGCUGUUGGAAGGGAAAUUCUUAUCUUCUUGGCUCAGUACCUGUGCAAUGAAUAUCAGAAGGGAAAUGAAACUAUCAUUAACUUGAUCCAUAGUACACGUAUCCACAUCAUGCCAUCUCUGAAUCCAGAUGGCUUUGAGAAGGCAGCAUCACAGCCAGGUGAACUCAAAGACUGGUUUGUUGGUCGAAGUAAUGCACAGGGAAUAGACCUAAAUAGAAAUUUCCCUGAUCUGGAUAGAAUUGUCUAUGUCAAUGAGAGAGGAGGUGGUCCAAAUAAUCAUUUGCUGAAAAAUCUGAAGAAAGCUGUGGACCAAAAUUUAAAGCUUGCACCAGAGACAAAAGGUGUGAUUCACUGGAUAAUGGAUAUUCCCUUUGUGCUGUCAGCCAAUCUUCACGGUGGGGACCUUGUGGCAAAUUACCCGUAUGAUGAGACUCGGACUGGAAGUGCUCAUGAAUACAGCUCCUGCCCAGAUGAUGCUAUUUUCCAAAGCUUAGCCCGAAGCUAUUCAUCCUUUAAUCCGGCCAUGUCAAAUCCAAACAGGCCACCAUGUCGCAAGAAUGAUGAUGACAGCAGUUUCAUUGAUGGGACAACUAAUGGUGGUGCUUGGUAUAGUGUUCCAGGAGGUAUGCAGGACUUCAACUACCUCAGCAGCAAUUGCUUUGAAAUCACCGUGGAGCUUAGCUGUGAAAAAUUCCCUCCUGAAGAAACUCUGAAAACCUAUUGGGAAGACAACAAAAAUUCACUUAUCAGUUACAUUGAGCAGAUACAUCGAGGAAUAAAAGGAUUUAUUAGAGAUCUUCAGGGCAAUCCCAUUGCUAAUGCCACAAUUUCUGUGGAAGGGAUAAACCAUGAUAUUACAUCGGCAAAGGAUGGUGAUUAUUGGAGGCUAUUGGUACCUGGAAAUUAUAAAGUGACAGCCUCAGCACCUGGCUAUCUAGCGAUCACUAAAAAAGUGGCUGUUCCCUUCAGUCCUGCCAUUAGGGUUGAUUUUGACUUGGAGUCAUUGUCUGAAAGAAAAGAAGAAGAAAAGGAAGAGCUAAUGGAAUGGUGGAAGAUGAUGUCAGAAACUUUAAAUUUUUAAGCUGAAGUUCUGAAUUCACAUCUUUUAAUCUACUAUGUGUUAAUUUAGUGUAAUGUAUUGUGAAAAGUCCCUACAUUUUAGAUUUUGUGUAGCUCAUAAUAUGUAACUUGGGGGGGGGGGGGGUUCUGAGUAAUUUUUUUUAAU